AUGGAGAAGUUCUAUCCUUCGAGAUCUCAACAGCAGAAACGAGAUCAGAAGAGAAAAUCUGGAGACAACAUACUCCAUGAAGCCUGCAGGGAGGGUGAUCUUAGCCGAGUGCAACACAUCUUAACUGAAGGUCAUGUUGACCUCAACAGUAGAGAGAUGAAGCACGGGAGGACGCCAUUGAUGUUGGCAGCAACUGAGGGACAUAGAGACGUGUUUGACUUAGUCAUGAGUAAAGGAGGCAAUGUUUCACUUGUGGAUAUAAAUGGUGAUAACAUCCUACAUUUGGCCUGUCUUGGAGGACAUGUUGAGAUAGUAAAGUACAUCCUCUCACAGAACAUUGCGGACAUCAACAGUCGAGGACAGUACGGGAGGACAUCAGCGAUGGUGGCAGCAACUGAGGGACAAAGAGACGUGUUUGACUUAAUCAUGAGUAAAGGAGGCAAUGUUUCACUUGUGGAUACACAUGGUGAUAACAUCCUACAUUUGGCCUGCCUUAGAGGACAUGUUGAGAUGGUGAAGUACAUUCUCUCACAGAACAUUGCGGACAUCAACAGUCGAGGACAGUACGGGAGGACAUCAGCGAUGGUGGCAGCAACUGAGGGACAUAGAGACGUGUUUGACUUAGUCAUGAGUAAAGGAGGCAAUGUUUCACUUGUGGAUACACAUGGUGAUAACAUCCUACAUUUGGCCUGCCUUAGAGGACAUGUGGAGAUGGUGAAGUACAUCCUUUCACAGAAGAUUGUGGACAUCAACUGUAGAGGAAUGUAUGGGAGGACACCCUUGAUGUUUGCAGCAACUGAGGGACAUAGAGACGUGUUUGACUUAGUCAUGAGUAAAGGAGGCAAUGUUUCACUUGUGGAUACACAUGGUGAUAACACCCUACAUUUGGCCUGCCUUAGAGGACAUGCGGAGAUGGUGAAGUACAUCCUCUCACAGAAGAUUGUGGACAUCAACGGUAGAGGAAUGUAUGGAAGGACACCCUUGAUGUUUGCAGCAAUUGAGGGACAUAAAGACGUGUUUGACUUAGUCAUGAGUAAAGGAGGUGAUGUGUCUGCAUUUGAUGGUAAUGGUAAUAACAUCCUACAUUUAGCCUGUCUUGGAGGAAAUGUGGAAAUAGUAAAGUACAUCCUCUCACAGAACAUUGCGGAAAUCAACAGUCGAGAUACAUACGGGAGGACACCAUUGAUGAUGGCCGCAGCUGAGGAACAUAAAGACGUGUUUGACUUGCUUGUUAGUAAAGGUUGUGAUGUGUCUGCAUUUGAUGGUAAUGGUAAUAACAUCCUACAUUUAGCCUGUUUUGAAGGACAUGUUGAGAUGGUGAAGUACAUCCUCUCACAGAACAUUCUUGAUAUCAACAGUAGAGGAGUACACGGGAGGACAUCAUUGAUGUUUGCAGCAACUGAGGGACAUAAAGACGUGUUUGACUCAGUCAUGAGUAAAGGAGGCGAUGCUUCACUUGUGGACACACAUGGUGAUAACAUCCUACUUUUGGCCUGUCUUGGAGGACAUGCGGAGAUGGUGAAGUACAUUCUCUCACAGAACAUUGUUGAUAUCAACAGUCGAGGGUUAUACGGGAGGACACCAUUGAUGGUGGCCGUAGCUGGGGGAUAUAAAGACGUGUUUGACUUGCUUGUUAGUGAAGGAGGUGAUGUGUCUGCAGUUGAUGGUAAUGGUUCCACGAUCCUGCACGUGGCUUGUUUCUGUGGCCAAGUGGAAAUGGUGAAACAUAUUCUUUCUCAAGGUAUUGUGGAUAUUCACGCCAAGGACAAGUAUGGGCAUACGGCAGCGAUGAUGGCAAAACGUAGAAAACACAUGAAAGUGUAUGACCUCAUAAUUUCGAAGGGCUGA